GGUGUGGUGGUGUGACGUCAUAAGGCUGCGCCGCGCUCCUGCGUGUGUGAUUCAGAUCAACGAAGACAGAAAAGCUGCUGAAACAGCUGAGCUUCAUGACACAUUAUUAUAAAGAUGGCCUUUAUUAAAGAGGAGACUGAAGAUGUGAAGAUUGAAGAAGCAUUCAGACUGAAACAAGAAGAUACAGAGGAACAAACAGACCUGAUGCCGCUGAAAGAGGAGAGUCAAGAACUGAAUGAAAAGAAAGAAGAAAAUCUGUAUGAAAAUUUAGAUUUCACAACUGGAGAAAAAACCUUUGGUUGCUCACUGACUGAAAAGACAUCCACACAAAAUAGAAGCCUCUCCUGCAUUCAGUGUGGAAAGUUUUUCUCUAGCCAUGCAUACCUUGAAGUCCAUAUGAGAAUUCACAAAGGAGAGAAGCCUUUUACAUGCAAACAGUGUGGAAGGAGUUUCACUGCAAAAGGAAGCCUUACCAGGCACAUGAGAAUUCAUACUGGAGAGAAGCCGUUCACCUGCCAACAAUGUGGAAAAAGUUUCUCUAAUAGGGGACACCUUAGAGACCACAUGAAUGUUCAUAAUGCAGAGAGACCUUUCACCUGCUCUCAGUGUGGAAAAGGUUUCAAUCAAAAAAACUUCUUAAAAAACACAUGACAUAUCACUGUGGAGAGAAGCCUUACAUAUGUUCACAGUGUGGAAAGAGUUUUAGACAUAAAGCAACAUUGAACGCCCAUUUAAUAAACCACACUGUAGAAAACCCGUUUGUAUGUGGUCAGUGUGGAAAGAGCUUCAGAUAUAAAGCAACAUUGAACACGCAUUUGAGAGACCACACUAGAGAAAACCCAUUCGUAUGCGGUCAGUGUGGAAAGAGCUUCAGAUGUAAAGUAAAUCUUACAAUGCACACAAGAGUUCACAUUGUUCACAAACCAGACGGACCUGAAAUGUCAGUUGCAAUCCCAUCAGUAGCACACUGUUUUCCAUUAAAAUAGUAAUAUACUGUA